AUGUUCGCAAAUGCCCUGUUCGUCGCAUCCCUAUUCCUCUCUCGCGCGGAAGCACUAGUGCUACGGCAACCAUCAGAUGGCGCGCCUCGAGUCGUUCAUCUCGACCUGCAGAGGGCUCAUGUCCGCGACCCUGUCUCCCACGACAAGCUACGGAGGCGAGCAAAGACAGUAAAUGGUGUCUUGGACAACCUGCAAACCCUAUACUACCUCAACGUGUCCCUCGGCACACCGCCGCAACAAGUCCGCGUGCAUCUUGACACAGGGAGUAGCGAUCUCUGGGUCAACACGAAUGCAUCCACUCUUUGUUCUCAGCACGAUACCCCGUGCAACUUCUCCGGCACCUACUCGGCCAAUCAGUCCUCCACGUACCAGUACCUCGGUAGCGACUUCAACAUCUCCUAUGUUGACGGCACGGCAGCUAUUGGCGACUAUGCUACAGACACUGUCCGCGUGGGCGGCACCGACUUGCCAGCAUUGCAGUUUGGGAUCGGCUACAACAGCACGUCGACAGAAAGCGUGUUAGGCAUUGGGUACCCAAAAAACGAGGUUCAGGUCUCGCGCUUGGACAAGAAGCCCUACCAGAACCUACCCGCCAAAAUGGCCGCCAAUGGUGUCAUAGCUUCCAGCGCAUACAGUUUGUGGCUCAACGACCUCAAUGCCGAUACCGGCACCAUUCUCUUCGGCGGUGUAGACACGGCUCACUACCAAGGGGAUCUAAUUUCUCUUCCGGUGCAGAAAGUUGACGGUUCGUUCAUCGAGUUUUUCAUCACCUUGACCGGCAUCGCAUUUGGUUCCGAAGCCAUCAUGCAGAACAUGUCUCUUGCGGUACUUCUCGACUCGGGGUCUUCCCUUACUUACCUACCCGACGACAUAACAAGUGACAUAUACGAGGCCGUCAGCGCGUCCUACCAGGAAGAAGAGGGCAUUGCCUUCGUGCCAUGCUCUUUCCGCGAGCAAAACGCCACGAUAACCUUCAGGUUUAGCGACCCGGCAGCAAUUUCUGUGCCCAUGAAUGAGCUUAUAAUGGACAUGGAUGAUGAGGCCGGCAAUCCACUCACUUACGACAACGGUGUCCCGGCUUGCCUUUUUGGCAUCUCACCGUCGGAUGGCUCCACAAACGUACUGGGUGACACAUUUUUGCGGAGCGCUUACACCGUAUACGACCUCGAAAACAACGAAAUUUCCCUGGCACAGGCCAAGUAUAACGUCACGACAUCCAAUGUGAAGGAGAUUGGCAAGGGAACUGGGGCCGUGCCAGCAGCCAAGACAGCUUCAUCGCCAGUGGCUGCAUCGUCUGGGAUCCCGGGCCAGUCUGAUGGCUCCGGCCAGCAGUCGGGCAAGAACAAUCGAAGCAGCGGAACCAGCAUGACGAUGCCUUCUUUGUCCCUGGCCCUCCUUGCCGCGCUAUCAAGCCUGCUCCUCAGCUGA